CAAUGCUUAGUCACGGUGAGUUACAGCUUUGCCCCCCUCCUUCCUCUGUGGCGGACAGCUCGGCAGACUGCGAUGGAGGAAUUGAACUAGAUUACUUGUCAGCUGAGCCAUCCACCUCCUAGUAAACACAGUGGUGCAAACAAAUUCCUUAGCUGGGUAACCUCGAGGAAGGCGUCUCAUUCCCAAAGGCUCAACGUUCCACUUGGGAUACUCCUGGCACUCGACCCUGUUUUUUUUUCCGCCAAGCAAGUCAACAAGCCUUCCACUGCCUCAUCUACAGUGUCUGAUGCUGCAGCUCUUAGCAGAGAGUGUAGCCCUCUGAAGUGAGAUUGAAUUAUUAUCUCUUUAACAUGAAGCAGUAAAUCAAACCUCUUUUUGUCUCACCCUUUUCUGGAGCAAUCAAAAUGCAAGCUCAACUUCUCCAGUGAGGGACUCUUGUAAGCAUUUAAGUGUAUCUCCACAUAUCUUCAUUGCUGACUCAGUGGAUCUUUGAUCAAAUGCUUUAUUGAAAACAUUUGAGCAAUUUAGGGAAACUGAAAAAGAUCAUUGUUCAGACAUAAUAAGAGACACUGCAAGAGCCAGGAUUCUUUGUUUACAGUGAUUUACAAGUUUGUGUUAGCCCCCACAGAAAAAGGAAAAAAAAACAUCUGUUGCCAUUAUGAACAAAGAAUUUAGUCUUGCUGUACCUGUUUAGUUAAAACGCUGUGCUUGUUGCUCCAGGUUUUGCAAAGUUAACACUUGGACAAAGCCAAGGGAAUUCUGACUCAGCAUUCUGACAAUGUUGGAACUGAAACAUGUAAAAGUGCAGCCAGCCAUGACUGGAAACUGGAAUAGACAUCUUUAGUGAUGCCAUAAUGAGCAAUGUGACUGGACUCAGGCACUGAACAGAACAAGGAAGUCCUCCUGUCCACAUAAGUUAAGUUUGAUUGGUGACUCUUUAACAAAGAGAAUUAGACACUUCCAGGAGAGUCUGAACUUCCUGUGUCAACAUCUGCCAAGUUCUUCAGUUAAAUCUCCUCUUUGGUUUUAGCCAUGCCAGCGCAUGGUACAAGGAUGACCUGUAACACUGCUCACUGUUCUUGAGGUAUAACUAAGGCGGAGGGGAAAGGGUAGGAAAUGACACAGUGCCUGACAGAAUGCAAAGCGCUGGUGACUCCAUCCACGCGCAACGGCCACCGCGUUUUCAGCUACACUCUGGAGAGUCACACGGCAGCCGCCUUCAGCAUCAUGAACGAGCUGCGGCUGGAGCGACAGCUGUGCGAUGUGACGCUGCGUGUUCGUUACAAAGACCUGGAAGCCGUGGACUUCGUGGCUCAUAAAGUGGUGUUGGCAUCCUCCUCUCCUGUCUUCAGGGCCAUGUUCACCAACGGCCUGAAGGAGUGUGGUAUGGAGCUGGUGCCCAUUGAGGGGAUCCAUCCUAAGGUCAUGGACAGACUGAUUGAGUUUGCCUACACAGCCAGCAUCUCUGUGGGUGAGAAGUGUGUGAUCCACGUGAUGAACGGUGCUGUCAUGUACCAGAUUGACUGUGUGGUCAAGGCCUGCUGUGAUUUCCUGGUACAGCAGCUUGAUCCUAGCAACGCUAUUGGCAUUGCUAACUUUGCUGAGCAGAUUGGCUGCACAGAGCUUCAUCAGAAGGCUCGUGAAUACAUCUACAUGAAUUUCAGCCAGGUGUCAACCCAUGAGGAGUUCUUCAACUUGUCCCACUGCCAGCUGGUGACCCUCAUCAGUCGCGAUGAGCUCAAUGUGCGCUGUGAGUCCGAAGUGUUCCAGGCCUGUGUGGCAUGGGUUCGCUACGACCGAGAGAACAGGAGACCGUAUGUCCAGGCCUUACUACAGGCCGUCCGCUGCCAUUCCCUUACCCCCAACUUCCUGCAGGCCCAGCUCCAGUCUCUAGACUGGGAUCCUCAGUGUAAAGACUACCUGGCUCAGAUCUUCCAAGACCUUACCCUCCACAAACCCACCAAAGUCAUCUCUUGCCGAACACCCAAGGUGCCACAGCUAAUCUACACAGCAGGGGGCUAUUUCCGUCAGUCCCUCAGCUACCUGGAGGCGUAUAACCCCUGUACUGGAGCAUGGCUGAGACUUGCUGACCUACAGGUUCCCCGGAGCGGGCUGGCAGCGUGUGUGAUCAGUGGGCUAUUCUAUGCUGUUGGUGGAAGAAAUAAUGCUCCUGAUGGCAACAUGGACUCAAAUGCGCUGGAUUGCUACAAUCCCAUGAACAACUGCUGGCUACCAUGUGCACCGAUGAGCGUACCCAGGAACCGAAUAGGAGUCGGUGUCAUCGAUGGCAUGAUAUAUGCAGUUGGAGGAUCACAUGGGUGUAUCCAUCACAAUAGUGUUGAAAGAUAUGAUCCAGAAAAAGACCAAUGGCAACUGGUGGCCCCCAUGCUGACGCGCCGUAUCGGGGUGGGUGUGGCUGUCAUCAACCGGCUACUUUAUGCCGUAGGGGGGUUUGACGGUGCCAACCGGCUCAGCUCCUGUGAAUGCUACUACCCUGAGAGGGACGAGUGGAGGACCAUGGCCUCCAUGAACACUGUCCGCUCUGGAGCUGGUGUGUGUGCACUUGGAAAUCAUAUCUUUGUGAUGGGAGGCUACGAUGGCACUAAUCAGCUGAACACGGUGGAGCGCUAUGAUGUGGAAACAGACACAUGGAGCUUUGCUGCCUCCAUGAGGCACAGGCGCAGUGCCCUGGGAGUCACUGCACUACAUGGACGCAUCUAUGUGUUGGGAGGUUAUGAUGGCAACACCUUUCUGGAUAGCGUGGAGUGUUACGAUCCAGAGAGGGACACGUGGUCAGAGGUGACACACAUGACAUCAGGGCGAAGCGGUGUAGGUGUUGCCGUCACCAUGGAGCCCUGCCAGAAAGACUUGGGUCCAUGUCAGAAGUCUGAGGAGUGUGGCACCACAUCACCACAGGGUCACCAGUCCAGCAGUUCCAGUUACGGUUCCCAUCACAGUCAGCGGCACAACGGGCCCUUCGGCAAAGGCACAUGAGACUCACCACAAGACAUCACAUACAAACACAGGCAUACACCCAAAAACCCAAUGCUGUCUUCCCAAAUCAAGAUAAGAAUCCUUUUAAACUGGGUAGCGUCAGUGUUGAGACGUAACACCACUUGUUGCCUCAGUGAUUCAAGAGAUGGCGCUUGAUGUGAAAUACAAAUAAAGUGAAGUCCAGUGUUCAUACUUAACUGUAGAUGUGCAAGUUAGUUCAGUGUGAGCAUUAGAUUAUACAGUACAAACCUGUACCCUAAUCCUUCAUUGCCGGUUUGAAGAACUGGAGUUUGACUAAUCUGUUGUGAGUUGUGACAAACACGAUGGCCCGUUUGUGGCAUUUGAAGUCCUCAGUCGGACCAUCAUCUCCCAUGUUUGAUACAUGGGAGAAAAGGGCUGAUUACAAAAAGGGCCAUGUAUUUGCUCAAUGAGUCAUCACAUGCUCUUUGUGGUUAAACUUGAGCAAAAUUUCAACCUGAGAGGAAACUUUAAGUGAUAUAAAUGACCCCAUUAUAUAGAAAGUAGCAUUUGUCAGUAUAGGCAGUCAACUUCAAAGUGCCAUUACAAUGCCUGUGGGCUUUCCUAUCGUCAGUAUAUUGUUUAGAGAUGCAUAUGUCACUGUGGCAUUCAUUACACUUGCAGAGUUACAGUAUGAUGCUUGGUCAUGACGAUAUCUACGAGUGUUGGUACAGGAGAAGCAGGACCUUGAGAGCUUUGUAAACAAUGUGUCCUGUAACUCAUAGCUACUGGUAGAUUCAUAAAAUGUGAAAUUAAAGAAAUGGAAAAUAUCCAGCUUUAUCUUCAUCUAAGGCUGUCUUGGUGGUGUAAUAGGUAUGUGGAGUGCCAACAGGCGGAGGGGGAAUGCAUUUAGAGGAAACAAAACAGUAGCAUUUAAAUAUCUCACUGAAUGUGUUUUCUAAAAACACUAAUUGACUGAUGUAAUUGAGAAGCCCCCCACACCGCCGACCUUUGACCCUCACUUCCACCAGACCUCAAACAACAAGUGACCAUGUUUGUGCAUUAGUGUUCACAUAUUGUAUGCUAAUGAAAAACUUGCUUAAAGAAGUGUAUUUGUAACAGCAGUUUAAGCUACAAAGGUUUUUACGUGAUGUUUUGUACACUGAUAUUCUAAGAAGCCUUGUACAGAAUUUAAGAGCUCACUUUUUUAUUUAUUUGUUCAGAUCUUGGGUUUUCUCGUUCCUCAAAACUGACAUCAGCUUUGUAUGGACUUGGACUCUGGUGAUGUGUUUUUGAAUAAUUAGCAUGCGUUGUAACUAACUAGGAAUGCCUGUUGAUGCUAAUUUUGGAUGUUUGUAUAAUUGCUUAAAGUUAAAAGGGACUUUUUUUCCUCUCCAUCAGUAGUUGGAAUGGAAAUUAGAGUAUUUAAGUUUUGCUUUGUAAAUUUUUUUUGUCAGCAAAAAAUACCAUGUACAAUAAUACAUUGUAAAGUAAAAUAUAUGUUUAUUGUAUCGCU